AUGGUUCUUGAAGCCCGGAUUGCCAACCUGGAGGAAAUGCUAUCCCUGGCAGCCGGCAGCCUUGAUCCGCACGGUCUGAUCAAAGGAGACGAAACCCCCCUGGGCCCUCUCGAGUCUCAGUUCGACUCCCCCCUCAACGGGCCGGCCGACGCAGCAACAGCCUCGGCGAUAGACGACCUAGCCGACGCCCUGGGGACCUUCACGCUCGGCGAUGCCGGGGAGCUUCGGUUCUUCGGGGCGUCCAGCAAUUUCAGCAUCAUCCAGAACCAUUCCCUGCGAGUGGCGUCGUCGGUCGAUGCGCGGAUCCGGGGUCUGAACGCCGCUCGCCAGAUGCCCGAUUACUUCGAGCCGUCGGACGAGCUGCGCGACCAUCUCCUGGCUCUGUACUGGCGAUGGCAGAACUCGUGGCAGUACAUCGUCGACCGGGAGUCAUUUGUCAUGGAUCUCUACGUCCACAAAUCCGGUCGCUUCUGCACGCCUCUCUUGCUCACCGCGAUCCUGGCUUUCGCGUCUCGAUACUCGUCCCGGCCCGAACUGAGGACAAAUCCCGAGGACGCCAAUACCGCGGGAGAGAUGUUCGCAUUGCAAGCCAGGACAAUGCUGCACCAUGAAUACGAAGCUCCUACCACGUCCACCGUCCAGGCUGCGGGAUUGCUUGGUCUGUACUCGGCCUCGGUCGAUCGCGAGGGCCUCGGGUUCAUGUACAUUGGCAUGGCGUCGCGCAUGGCCAUGAAUCUGGGCUUGCACUCGGAUGCUUCGGCGUAUGUGUCCAAAGGGAUCAUUUCCGAGGAAGAUCUGGAAGCUCGCAACAUUGCCUUUUGGGGGAUAUAUGUCUUGGACAAGUAG